AUGGACGAUUUAACAUCAACAUUGUUGCUUCUUGAACUGCAGCACGAGUUUAGUGGCCUAAAAGUACCUGGUCGACUAGCGAAGUAUGGUCCUCCUUUCAAGCCUAAUGAAGAGUUUUCGGAUGCGGAAGUCUCUCCGGUGAUGAGUUUUAUUGUACAAAGCUUCAUAUUUACACCUACACUGCCAGGUGUCAACAAAGCUAGCAAAGAGUUUUGGAGCGACCAGCUUCAACCCUUGCUGGAAAAAAUUGGUAAACAUAACCUUUCGGAUUCGUAUGACCAUGGCAGGGUUAGCAAACGAAAAAUGAUUGGGUUUGCCGUAGUCGUUGUUUUGCACGUACUUGCUAAGGGGAUUUUGGGAAAGGCUUCUGUGGAUCCUGAAGAGAAUGAAAAAAACGAGAAUGAAGAAAACGAGAAUGAGAAUGGGGUUAAUUCGGCUCCACCAAGUUCAAAUUCGUCCCCUCAGGCCAAAGUUUUAGUGCCUACUGAAAGCGAUGCUACAGAGCCAGUACAAAAGACUCUUGCAAACGUAAAGUUGGAAGAAGAUUCCAAAAGGAUUGAAUAUCCACAAAAGCAAAAGUUAAGAGAAGCGUACUCCCUUUUCGUUUAUGGUGAUGGCUUAGACGAAAUUAUCCGCCGUCUUGGCGAGUCUGAAGACAUUAGUAGCUGGGACGAACCCCUUAAAUCUUUGGCAAAGAAUGUUCGCUAUACGAUAGCGGCUCUUUUGCAUUUUGUUUUUGUUACUGUAGACAGAAUCCCCCAAUCACCUCAUCUUGCAAAUAAUGGGAAAGGACCAGAAGGAAUCGUUGAACGUAUAUAUAACCGCGUUCCAUGGUUUUUGACGCGUCAAGUUCUUCGUGUAGGAAAUGCUGGCCUUUUGAUGUCAGGUCUUACUCGAUUAUUUUUGAUGAAACCUCUCUCAUGGUUCGGUGAAAGUCGAAAUUUAUUGCAGACAAUGCUUUCUGGAAUUUUUGGUGCUGAUUUGGAACACACUGAUAAUGUUUUGCAAGAAAUAGAUACACAGUUUAAAGAUGAUCCGGAGUGGGCACAAAUGAGAGAAGCACUUCAAUGCUAUGCACAGCUCUCGCGAACUCGUCAAGAUGAAAUUCGUGACCAAAGUAUCCAACGCGGUUUGAAUAUAACCGUUGCUAUCCUAAAGGAAUAUCAGAAUGAAAAGAGGUCUUCAAACACGGAAAAUACUAGUUCCACAGAGGAAAAAUUUGUUUCGGAAGACAAUAUCGACUCUUCUGAAGUUUAUACGGUUCCUCUGUCUAGUGAUGGCGAAAAAGAUACUAAUACAUUUGAUCCUUUUUCAGAAGUUGGGGUCCAAAUGGCAAUGAAGUAUUUUGACGCUGUUUUGACUCACCGUGAUCGUGAAUGCCUUAUUUAUGACUUAUGUGAAAAUGAUCAGUUAACUGAUAUAGUAAGAGAAGUUAUGAACUGUUUUUAUACGAUUAUUUAUGAUGCUCAUCAAGCUGCAGAUUUUUCGCAGGCUAUUUAUGAUUUCCAGUGCUUUUUGUAUGAUCUUAUCAACCUUUCAAAGGCUACUGCUCCUUUAUCGAGCUUCGUUGAGCUGGUGGAGAAAUAUCAAAGUUGCUUCCUUCGUUUUGUUCAUCGUAUAGUAGUUAAUGCUCCUGAUCUAUGUGCCGAAUGGUCUGUUUGGUACCGCCAUUGCUUAGACCAAUGUAACAUCAAUUCUCAAUCGCCGAAUGCUGUCAAGGCCAGUCAGGACGCACUGAAUUCUUUGGACGAUGAUAUAAAACAGAUGGUUUUGCAAGAAAUAAAGACUUACGUAAACGAUUUAGAAGAAGAAAAGAAAAUUUCUAUUCAAAAUAAUGAUUGUGCUAGUGAAUGGCAUUUUCAUUUAUCCAGAUUUUUUGGAUCUGCAAUCAUCACCCCAAUUAAAGCUAAAGGUGCUCCGCAGCCACAACUACCCAAGUGCAAUUUGAAUUUAACAAUGACAAAAGAACAUUUAUUAACCCCUUUCCGUAAGUGUCUCAUGCAACAGUUGAAUACAUUAUACGAAAGGAAGAAAACUAUGCAUUCUACAUACUAA